AUUCGAGUCGUGUUUGAAUUUCGAGUGCCAAACAGCAACGCGCUGAAACAGAAUUAUGUAGCACGUAUAAUGGCGAAUUUACCGAACGCGCCAGGAUUAACUUUGGAUACAUCAAGAGAAAUGUUAGAGUCUUCCAGCUCCAUCUUAAGUAAUAGGAGUUUACGUGUGGCAGAAAAAGCGAGAAGAAAGGGCGAGACCAACCCGUUACAGCUGGCGUUGAAAUAUCUCACAAACGUUCAGGAAGGCACAGUGGUAAGAGGCAAUGAUGAACUUGAAAGGAACUUGCUAGUGGUAGAAACUGUUGCUGUUCGUCAUGGUCUUCCACCGGAUGCUAUCUCCUUGCUUCUUGACUUGGCACUAAGUCUCCGAGCAGGUGGUGUGACAUGUUUGCGGAUUUUGAAGUUUUUGAUACCUGCUACAGUAGUGCCUCAGGAAGCCAUUGUACGAUGCAUAUCUUGGCUGUGUGUAGGGAAAAUGGCAAUGAAUGCCCAGGUCCUUUUUCUGCGCUGGGUUCUUACUGUUUUUGACCUUAUUGACUGCAAAGACCAGCUGAGAUCUCUCUAUGGCUUUAUAUUCAGUUUUGUGACUGAAGAAAAUCUGUGUCCUUUCAUCUGUCACUUCUUGUACCUUUUAACAAUGAAGGAGCAUGUGCAGCCAUACAGAGUAAGGAAACUGAUGGAUGUUCAAGUCAAAAUGGGCAGACAGCCCUUCCUCAUGCAGCUCCUUGCUGUGUACAAAGUAUUUCGGCCAGAGCUGGUGACAAUGUCUGUGCCGUCAAGAAUGAGAUUGGGCUUCAAGAACUACAAUUCCACCUGGAAAGCAGCUCUUAGUGCUGUGCAGAAGAGGAACUGGGCUGAAGUUAUGGCUGAUCUAAGUCUCAGUCUGGAGCUAAAAGGCAAAUCCACUUCCAGAAAAAGGAAACUGCAUCAUCUGGAGUUUCCUGGUUUUAGCACAGCAUUUGAUACCAGCUCUGAAAGGAAAGUCUUUCGUUUACAGGAACUGCGAUCUUUCACCCAGCUGCUGCAAAACAUACACAACAUAGAGCUGCCAGCCCAGAUGGGCUCUUUGCUCGGAUCCUCUUUAGCCCUGCACUACCUGGACUGUGUGCAGGAUGAGUCUGCGUUUCUGCGCCUUAAUUUCUGGCUUGGACAUUCUCUCCAAGAGGAGUUCCUACUUUGUCCUGAAGAUUGGGGUUCACAUGACCUUUCUGAGGCCUCUACAUUCCUGAGUACCAUCCUCUCCUCGCAACAGUUUCUCCAGGAGGUUUUCUUCAGCACAGAGAGUUUUCUCUACAAAUUCCUGAGUGUCUGGGAUGGUUCUCUGCUACGCUCCCAGAUUUUGGAUCUUCUUAGUCACAUCCCCUUGAAGUCCAACCAAUAUGUAAAAAUGCUUGUCUUUGACCCACUGAUUCAACUUUACUUCACCUCCAAUGUGUUCUUUAAGUGCAGUGUCAUUGAGUGUCUGAACAGUAUGCUGCUGAAAUGGCUGACUUGGCAUUCUGUCAACCCUCUAGGGGAGUGCUUGGAUUUAAGCGUCAACACGAACAACACAGUAGCUAUGAACCUCUCUGCUUUUAAAGAAACCCUCACAGAGCUUGUGAGCUUUGUUGGACGACUAGCUGCUGAGGGACUGCGUCUGGAGAACUGCCACAUCCUACUCCUUAAUCACACACUCAACUUCUAUGAGACAGUGUGUGACAUGUUAGUAAAGUAUGAUGUGCCUCUAGCUAUCUUGCCCCCAGCUGGCGUGUUUUAUCCAGCUCUCCUUGCCACAGACUCACUCACUGUGGAUCGAUUGGGUUACAUAAUGUACAGAUACAGGAAAAAUCUGACCUUGGCAAAAAAACAGGAGCAGCAAAGUGAGGAAACAUUUCACAUAAGUAAAACUACAUACCAAGAUUUUAAUAUGCAACUCGUAGCCAUGGUAAACUGUUUGUGGAACUCCAAACCAUUUCUGCCUGGUACAACCAACGACAUUGACGAGCACCUGCUUAUCCAGAGCAAGGCACAUAAGUACUGGAACAGCUUUGAUCUUGUUCACCAUCCAGCUUUCUUUAAGUAUGCCAUUGAGUUUCAUCAAAAGUGCUGGCCAGAGAGGACUUGUGUAGAUCUCAGCUCCAUAAAGGUUGGACGAUACUGGAGCUGGUAUGUGGAGUUUCUUUUCUGUCAGGGCUUUGAUGGUCUAAAUGACUUCAUCCAGGUCAAUACAGUACAGAGCAGCUCCUCCAGCUCUAGUUAGCUGUGAGUCAGGAUGGUCAGUGGCUUGAAGAUCAUUUCUUGCCUGAGAAGCUGCACAGAGACAAUGAUUUGUUGUUUUAAAGGUCUUGUACAUAUUUUAUGGUCUUUUCUGGAAGGGCAUGUGGAGGAAACCACAAUGAAACUGUAUAUAAACGUGUACAGGAUAUUUGUGUUGUGUGGCUCUCACAAUAGUGUUUGUAACUAUAUAUUUUUGCUCUAGAUUUGUACUUUUUUUUUUUUUUUGCAAUUUGUAGCUUAUGGUUAUUUUUACUGCUGCUGUCUAAAUUACAUUGCACAUGUAUGUUUUAUGAAAUCCCUAAAAUAUCUGUCUAAUGAAGCAUGUAUUUCAUUUGACCCCAUUAAGCUCUAGUUUUUAUGGCAUAUAAACAAUGCAUUGUUUUCAUUUAAAUGCCUUUGAACAUUGAAUUAUGGGUUAAGUUUUGAAAUUUAUUUUUUUUUAAGUUCUUGAGUGCUAUAUUUUUCACCCUGAAUAAGUAAUGCAGUGGUAAAGUGUAAAACUUGAGUUCUUAGGAUUAAAGAUCAACCAAAUGCAAUUUCAUUUUUAAUUUCCCAUUAAAAUCCAUGCACACUUUUAAAAAAAGUGUCUUUGCUUUAGAAUAAUAUCAAUCGAAAUGUGCUGAGCAAAAUCUUACACACUUUUGCCAGGAUAUAAAUAAUGUUAUAAAAGUGAAUAAACAGUCAAAUGUGGGAGGUUUGUAAUUAACUGCACUCUGCAAGAAGAGAUGUUGCCUUAAUGGUUAUUUUUUUUCUGCCAUUGCUCUCCACAGACAUGCCGCAAAUAUUCAGCUUCAAUCUUUCAUAAAUUUACUAAAACCUACAGGAUUCUUUGGCAAAGUGAACAAACCAGGUUAUUUUGGUGACCAAGUUUGUGUGGCAUGUCUAGCUAGUUACACUAUUAUGGUACUACAUGAUCUCUAAUGGGUUUAUUCUGCAAUCUUGACGUUAUGUAAGAGCUUCACUAAUCAGUUUAAGAAUACUGAAUAAACAACCAGGCUGUCAACA